UAGGCGAUCCAAAAGUAUAUUGAAACUCCGAUGGGUGAAGACAACGUCCGCUCCCUGUCCUUUUACUUCCAAGGGUUGGCCCAAGGUACCCUUUCUGCUCUAGAUCAAGUAUGUCAACGCUACAGUUUGAGAGCAGGACAUGUAUGUCAUCUCAGCUCACUCAAGCUACAUGGCAACUCCAACCCAGCCAUAUUGCCUAAGUUUGUAGCCCUGUUUCGUGAUCUCACUAAGCUAAGCAUUUCGACCAGCAUGUCUGUGACACAAUAUCUUCUGUCAGUGCUUGGCGAGAUGCCUGUCUUGCUUUACCUCAAGUUGGCUGCCAACAGCGUCGACGGUUUGGUCAUACAACAUGGCAAGUUCAGGAGCCUGCACCGUCUGUGUCUUGAGCUGAAAGUUGUGGGGACGUCUGUCCUAACAAUCGACGAUGGAGCUCGGUCGGAAAUUAUCUCGCUCCAACUGAUCUGCAAGGAUCUCAUUGGUCUUUCCGGCAUCGAAAUCACACACCUUCGUGAGCUAAAGGAAAUUGUUCUCCAUCCCCUAGUGGCUGAAGAAACGAGAAAAAUGUGGGAAGCAGAGGCGAGGAACCACCAUAACAGGCCGGAUGUUUUGGUCAUUACAGGUGAUUCUGAAGAAACACCAGCUGCAGUUGAGAAGGAACCAGCACAAGAGUAUCACAUCCGACAGGAACCACAUGCUGUCGAGGAAGAACCACCAGCAACAUGCUCUACUGUGUCGGUACAGGUGGAGCCAGAGAGUAAUGCUACAGCUCCCGUCAAAUCAGGACCCGGGGUUAACUUUGCUAAUGGAGCCGAGUCGGUGCCGCCUUCAUGUCAUGCGGCACAACUGCAUAAGGUAGCCCCUUCAGCAAGAUGCUAACGAAGCGAGGGAAUGUGCAGGACCCUGCGGCUGAUGUAGAAUUAAUCACUGGAGAAGAAGAGCAGGAUAUCGAUGAGGAAGCUUGAGUUUGUGUCACUUUGAUGGGGUGUCUACAUUCCUGAAGAUUGACCCUUUUCUGCUUGCCCAUUGUGAUGUUUUAAGGCUACUUUCAGCCAUCCAUUUAAAACAUUGUACUUCUUUCGAAUAUCUUUUUUGUGGUAUGCUUGCGGUAGUUUCUCCUUCUUCUUCUUCUAUGUUCAGAAUAUUAUUUCCCUUCUUUAAUUUUUCCAAAUAAUGGGACCUAUUGGUUAAAUUUA